AUGGUUCGGAAGAACAAUGUGAUCAGACUACGGGAGAUACGGGAGAGGAUCAUUGGUGACAAUUUGAACUUUCCGACCAUUGACAAUGUCAGCCUGACAACCAUAGACAGAGUCCUCAAGCGCCAGAGAGUAAGAAUGAAGCAGGCCUAUAGGGUACCCUUUGAGCGCAACUCUGGAAGAAUAAAACACCUCCGUCACCAGUAUGUGCAAAGGAUGUUCCAGUUGGAGUCCAUGGCCAGACCCCAUGAAUUUAUAUUUGUGGAUGAGGCUGGCUUCAACCUCACAAAAAGGAGGAGGAGAGGCCGUAACAUCAUAGGACAGAGAGCUAUCGUUGAUGUGCCCGGCCAACGUGGAGGAAACAUCACUCUCUGCGCUGCCAUGAGUUCUAGAGGGCUUCUCCACCGGCAUGCUGAACUUGGUGCCUACAACACUGAGCGUCUCCUCACCUUCCUAGGAGAGCUCAGAGAUGUUUUGCAUGACAAUGACCACCUGAAUGCUCGGCCAGCAGAUCACCACGACCAGCAGAUUCCUGGGCCAGCUGAUCUUCCCAUAUACGUCAUCCUCUGGGACAAUGUUAGCUUCCAUCGCAGCAUCCAGGUCAGAGAGUGGUUUAACAUCAAUCAGCAAUUCAUUAAUGUGUGUCUGCCACCCUACUCUCCGUUCCUAAACCCAAUAGAGGAGUUCUUCUCAGCAUGGCGGUGGAAGGUCUAUGACCGCCAACCUUACACUAGAGAGAACCUUCUCAGGGCUAUGGACCUGGCCUGUGAUGAUGUGGCUGUGGAGGCGUUCCAAGGCUGGGUGCGGCAUGCCAGGGCAUUCUUCCCACGUUGUUUGGCUAUGGACAAUAUUGCCUGUGACGUUGAUGAGGUCCUGUGGCCCGACCCAGCCCGACGACGUGAUGCCUCUCCAUGAUUUC